AUGACAUUCUCGGCUGUAGUUGAAGGCACUGAGGUGCAUAGGUCGCUUGUCGGAAUGCUUGGUAGUGGUGCAAAGGAAGAGAGCCUCAAGAGGUACAUCCGUGAAGGGUUGGCUUUACAGACCAGCGAAUACAAGGAGCAAGUCAGAGACAUGAGCCACGACGCCGCUCUGUCGUUCAUCCUGGAACAAGUAAGACGCACCACGCCAGCUGAAGGUCAGAUUGGGUGUGUGGACAACAUGACAUACCAUUGGCCCAUGCGGCCAUGGACUCGACUAUAUGAGGCAGCCAGCGCGGCUGACAGGACCAUGACAACGGAGGGGGGCGACUCCGCUACUGCGCAGCUGCCACUGCCGGCACCUGAGGACGCCCGUGGCGGCGAGGCGGCUGCUUUGCCAUCCCCAUCGGCUGCAGGACCUGCAGCCAUGCCUGGCCCACGACACACGGCAGGACAUCAGGAGGGGGGCGACUCCGCUACUGCGCAGCUGCCACCGCCGGCACCUGAGGACGCCCGUGGCGGCGAGGCGGCUGCUUUGCCAUCCCCAUCGGCUGCAGGACCUGCAGCCAUGCCUGGCCCACGACACACGGCAGGACAUCAGGUGGGCGUCCUCGGGUGCACUUGCUUGCUGCGCUUGGCACCCUGGACCGCCGCAUGCCUGGCUGACGACACACGGCACGCCAUCAG